AUUUUUUCCUUUUUUGAAUUGUAAUUGUCUCGUUCAGUUUUCCGCGUAUGGGCGAGCGAAAAUUGCCAAAUGUUCCGCGUCUCCGAGCAACGGCUAUUGAAUACCCCUCGAUGCAAUGCUGUAUAUUACCAUUGUCUAUAAAAAAUUAGGUAUCUGCUUUGGUAUCUUUCCUAGUGUUCUCGCCGAGCGAAUUAAACUUCAUAAGCUUCCUAAAGAUCUUAGAAGUAUGGAUACAACGGAGACAUGAAGACGCUCUUCGUAUCUCUUCUCUUCCGUCUUUCUGUCAUGUGCGCGGGCUUGUCAGAUCUAGGCUCUGACAGUGUACACAGUUCAACAUUUGAUCAGCCGUAAUAGUAUUCGAUACACGUUGGUGACAUCGUGACUCCGCUUUCAUUUAAACGACCAAAAAAUCUAUAGAGGCAAGCGAAAGACACAGGGUGUAGAGAAUUGGAAUGUAGGAACUCGAUCGAUACCAUAAGUAUCGAAUUUGUUGGAGAAAAAAGUACCUAUAAUUGAACCCCCGUUAUCUCGACCUCACAAGGGAAACGAAAAAAAAGUUUGAAAUGUCGGGUGCUCGGUGCUCAGGAAAGCUGCUAGUAAGUGACUGAAAAAGCAUAUCCAAGAUGCUCAAGAUACUAGCGAGGUUCACCCAUAGUUAAUAGAGCCAGGGGAAUGGUUAUGAAGCUCGGCAAACAUCAAGGGAGCAAAGAAAGAUGCCAAGGCUUAUGUUGGAAGGUCCACGACCGUGCACAAUCUUUUGUUUUGCGUUCAUGAGUUACGUAACCCCAACGUUUCUACUGGUUAGUUCCUCGGUCAGUAGUAAACAACUCAAGGCCAAAACCGAGGACAAAAACACACAACAAAGAACUUGGUCGAGUCUUGUAACCAUUCCCCUCUAUUAACUAUGGUUCAACCAGGAGAUUGUCUUGGUUCAACUGUAUGGCCGAAUUUAUUGGGUCAUUUGAUCUUGACAUAUUCUUGUUGUCUUCAGAUAUAUAGAUCGAGAGCGCCGCGCGUGAGGAAGAUUAAAAUAUAAUGCAAUGUCUUCGAAUGGCGAAAUCAAGGCGCGCUCCCCAUGUUAGCUUUUGUUUCUCGUAGAGCGAUUAUAACUGGCUGUUUUUUCCGCGAUACGUGCAAAAAAUAUUAAUUGGUUAUUUCAAUAAGUCAAGAGUUGUCACUGUUUUGACAGUCACUUCCCUUUGCGCUACUUCCUUGACCUCAGCUAAAACCAGGUCACCUCGGCUGCAGUUCUUAUUUCACUCCUUUUAGCCAAAAAUAAACGAUGAAAAUUAUAUUUCCUUAUGUUGCAAUACCAAUCAUAAACCCGCAAAGACCGUGGAAACAGAUCUCGCUGCCUUUGCUAACUGUAUAGCUCAGAUUGCCUUAGCUGCGAUAUCAACCUACGAAACGCAAGAUCCUUUUAAAACAUUCCCUCGUCGAGUCGUCCCGUCUAUCUCUUAAGAUUUAUUUCCGAGCAAGAUUCAGACAGUAAGACGGCCAAGCAUCUUCUACCUUUGACGUGGUCAGUGCACUGAUUGUCACCUCAAAAUGGCUGUAAAAUCGUCGCCGGUCUCCGUUCUUCGAGGAUUUUUGAUAGUAUUGACAUGGCUGCUCAUUUACGAAGGCGUAUCAUCAAGUUCGUGUCAAUCGUUACCUUGUCUGUAUUAUGGUAACGGCAAUACACUAAAAGCGAUUGAAAUCAACUCCUCCAAAGUGCACACAGUCUUAAGCAAUCUCAACUCCGUCGAGGCUGUCGACGUUCAUGUUAAACUCAACUUGGUGUACUGGAGCGAGACUCGGCCAAACGCCAUAAAGAGGUUGAAUGUUACUAGUGGAAAGGUAGAAGACAUUUUAAAGGAUAGCAAUCUUGGCGAGAUUGACGGAUUAGCAGUGGAGUGGGAGAGUGACCUCAUUUACUGGACUGACUAUACCAACGAACGCAUUGAGGUGGCACAACUGGAUGGCAAAAACAGACGAACUCUGAUCACUUCAGAAAUCCGCCGCCCACGGGAAAUAGCUGUAGAUCCACGAAAGGGGUACAUGUUUUGGAUAAGCCGCGGUUUACGACCGAGAAUUGAGAGAGCCACUCUAUCUGGAGACAGUAAGACAACCUUGGUCAGUUUUACCAGCUUAUGGUGGUCGUCUAGACCGAAUGGAAUAACCCUCGACUUUUCUGUAAACCGUCUUUACUGGGUUGAUUCUCUAACCAGACGAAUAGAAAGCGUUGACUUCAAUGGAAACAACAGACAGCGUUUUAAGACACUCCAUUUCAAUAUCCGACCUUACGACAUUGUUUUGUACAGCGGGGUGUUUUACUACAGCGACACGAGCAGCCAGAGUAUCGACAAGAUCGACAAAGCAACGAAGCAAUCCCUUGGAAGCUACACGGGGCUUGGAGGAAGUAACGUUCUAAGGCUGGCCAUGUUUUCUCCUGUGCGACAACCGAAAGGUAGCUCCGCUUGCCACCACAAUGGCGGAUGCAGCCACUUCUGCCUGUUAUCACCAGCAGGGAACCAAUGCGCGUGCCCACCAGGAGAGAUUUUGAAGUCUGAUGGAAAGACGUGUGAUGAUGAAGGGAGCUCUGCGCGCCUGCUGCUUGUCGAUAGAACGCAGCAAGAACUCUUCCAAAUCCCUCUGUUACCCGGUUCCUCGGUUUCAACAACCGCUACAGCCCUUCCACUCAAUGAUGUCAGGAGUCCAGCGGGGGUGGACUUUGAUCCCGUCCAGGGGUACGUCUACUGGUCUGAUAGCUCCAGAGGUGAAAUAUUUCGCGCGCAUUUGAAUGGUAGCUCUCAGGAGCAGGUAGUGGAUCAGCUGGGAACAGCAGAUGGAAUUGCAGUGGACUCUGUUGGAAGGAAUCUAUAUUGGACAGACAGGACAGGCAAUAGAAUAGGAGUGUCCAAACUGGAUGGUUCCUUUAGGAAGACGCUCGUGUAUCAAAAUCUUUAUGACCCUGUUGAUAUUGUCCUGGACAUGGAAAAUGGGUAAGUGUGAAUUUAAUGUCUUUCGAUUAUCAAUCAAACUUGAGGCCUUAUAUUAUAUUACAGGUUUUCGGGAUUUGGGAUAUUUAUUUAAAAAAUUAACGGAAUACAGGAUAUUU